GAAGAAAAAGGGUGGAAGGCGAAAAAUCCUCGCUUCUUCGCCUCCCUGGCCCCUCCUUCUCGUAGAAAAAAUGGACAAAGGGACUGAUUCUGGACCGUCCGAUCCGGAUCUCAUCGCCAUCUCUGACCGUUAAAGCCCUCGAUGUUGGCCUGCGUGUUCUUCGUCUCCUUCUCUCUCUCCUCUUCGCGGAUCCCGUGCGCCCUCCUUUCGCUCUUCUUCCUCCUCUGUGCGGACCGAAGCCCCUAGAUUUUCUGCGGCUUUCUAUCGGUCGCUUGUUCUUUUUCUUCUGAUCCUGCGUUCUUCUUCUUCUUCUUCUUCUUAUGUUCUUCUGCUGGUGAAUCGGCGAUGGGGAAUUGCUGGACUGCCAGAAUCAAGGCAGUGAGCCCGUCCCAUAGCGUCCCGGCUACAGGUGCCAAUUCAUCAAAAUCGUGUGGCAGAGAUGGGACAGACGUUAGCAAUUUAAGCAAGUUUUCCUCAGCAUCUACUGCUCCACCUCAGACUCCAAGAAGCGAGGGCGAGAUAUUGCAAGCGUCAAACUUGAAGAGCUUCAGUUUCUCAGAUCUGAAGGCUGCAACCAGGAACUUCCGGCCCGAUUCUGUUCUGGGAGAAGGGGGUUUUGGUUCAGUAUUCAAAGGUUGGAUUGAUGUAAAUUCUUUGGCAGCAACCAAACCGGGAACUGGCUUGGCCAUUGCUGUGAAGAGACUUAAUCAGGAGGGGCUUCAGGGUCACAGGGAGUGGCUGGCGGAGGUGAACUAUUUGGGACAGCUCUCUCACCCAAAUUUGGUGAAACUCAUUGGCUAUUGUCUGGAAGAUGAUCAGCGUUUACUCGUUUACGAGUUCAUGCUUCGAGGAUGUUUGGAAAAUCAUCUUUUCAGGAGGGGGACAUACUUCCAGCCACUUCCUUGGAACCUUCGGAUGAAAGUUGCUCUGGGGGCUGCAAAAGGACUUGCCUUUCUGCAUAGUGCUGAAACUAAAGUAAUUUAUCGUGAUUUUAAGACAUCAAAUAUAUUGUUGGACUCGGACUAUAAUGCCAAGCUUUCUGACUUUGGGCUGGCAAAAGAUGGUCCUGCUGAUGGUAAGACACACGUAUCAACAAGGGUCAUGGGGACAUAUGGAUAUGCGGCCCCUGAAUACCUUGCCACAGGCCAUCUAUCUACAAAGAGUGAUGUAUACAGCUUCGGGGUGGUCAUCCUAGAAAUGCUAUCUGGACGACGUUCAGUGGAUAAGAACCGGCCUCCUGGAGAGCACAGUCUUGUGGAGUGGGCCAAACCUUAUUUGAACAGCAAGCGCAGGCUAUUUCAUGUUUUCGAUAACCGGCUGCAAGGCCAGUACAACAUGAAGUCUGUUCACAAAGUUGCAGCACUCGCACUCCAGUGCCUAUCUCUGGAGCCAAAGUUUAGGCCCACCAUGGCUGAAGUUGUGGUAGAUCUAGAGCAAUUACAGGAACCAAUAACACCCAAACUCCCUCAGUCAGAACACAGAAGAGAAAAGCGGCACCACAACGCAGCACCUGCUCAGAAGAACCAACGGUCUUCUGAUGUCGCUAACGGUGGCAGAGUUCCAUACCCUCGGCCUUCAGAUUCACCACUGUAUUCAUGAGGCCCAGGGAGAUUAUACUAAACAACAUUUAGGCACCUGAAGAAUGAAAAAUUCCGGUGCUGCUUUAGUUUUUUUUCCUCUAUUGUCUAUGCUCAGAGUCUCCCUACUUGCUGGACUUGGAAACACCAGCGGGACAGCUACAGUGUACGAACUAUGAGUGGUUCUUACUUCUUCAUAUACAUCUCUGGGGUUCAUGCUGCUGAUAUAGUUAGAACUCGGUAUGUAGCAGUGAGAAGGAUUUACGAGGUUGGGGGUUUCCUUUGCAGCAUUUGCAUAGUAGGCACAAAGGAGAUUGAGAGGCUUGGUAUGAUGUCUCAUUUGUUGUCUUAUGAGGUGUCUGUGUACUUCAAUUAGUAGUUGCUCCUGGGUCUCUAGUUCUGAUCUGUCUUGGAGGCAUCGACCCCCCUUCCCCUCCCUUCCCUCUUUGGGUAUAAUAUCUGUAAGUUUUUUGGCUUCUGUAAAAUCAUGUCUAUUAUCGAUAUUGUGAAGAAUGUUCUUUCCUUGGCA